UUAAAUUUCCCGCAGUCCCGUGCGAUAUUCAAGAGCGCGAGUGUCAAUGAAUCCAAGAAGUUGGGGGUUGCAGAAAAGAAAAUACAUCUAUUGAUGAUAUUUAGGAACUUCUCUAAAUUGUUGGGGAGAAGUUGGAGCAUUGAAGAAGAUAUGGCAGCGAUCAACUUGAAGAGUCUUGGAAGGGAGAAAAUCGAGGAAAUCGUGAAUUCAUUCGACACGAUUUUGGCUGAUUGCGAUGGAGUUCUAUGGCUUCAAAACAAUCCAAUCGCCAAUGCAGCGAACGUAAUGAAUGCAUUUCACAACACUGGGAAGAGAAUUUUCUACGUGACAAAUAACAGCACAAAAAGUCGAGAAGAGUUCGUUGCAAAAGCUAAAAAUUUAGGUUUUAUUGCAAGCACCGAUAGUGUUCUUUGUACAUCGUACUUAGCUGCUAAGUAUCUACAGGAUAUUAAUUUUGACAAGAAGGUGUACACAAUUGGAUCACCAGGCAUCACGAAGGAAUUGGAUAAAGCUGGAAUCUCUUAUUGUGGUGUGGGACCUGAUCCAGUCAACGAAAAUUUCACCUACGAGGAGUCUUUUACCCCAGACCCAGAUGUUGGGGCUGUUCUUGUUGGAUUUGACCUGCACUUCAACUACAUGAAAAUGCUGAAGGCUGCAACGUACCUCAAUAACAAAGAUAUUCUGUUUAUCGCGACCAAUACUGACGAAAGGUUCCCAGCAUCGGAAACACUAGUCAUACCAGGUACUGGGAGUAUAGUAAGAAGUAUCGAGACAUGUUCCGAACGUGAGGCAACGAUUAUGGGAAAACCCGCUCCCUACGCUGCGGUUAUGUUGCAGAACAAAUACAAAAUAGACCCAAAACGUACACUAAUGAUUGGUGACCGUGCAAAUACGGACAUUCUAUUUGGUAAAAGAUGUGGAUUCAAAACACUACUCGUUCUAACUGGUGUCUCAAACACUCGUGAUAUCGACAAUUGGAAAAAAUCCAAUGAUCCAAACGAUAAAGAAUUAAUUCCAGAUUACUAUACUCAAACAAUCGGUGAUAUACUACCCCACAUAAAAAAUUGAUGAUUAUUCAUUCUAGAAUGCCACAAUUUUACUACACAAAUUUCUAGUAAUAUCUUUAUUUUUAUAUUCUUCAAAACAAAAUAGUUUUCAAAAAUAUAAUAUUUACUCAAUCCAGUAAUAACUGUGACUAUCUAAAUAUUUAUUUAAAAAUAUCGUUGGCAUUAUUUAUUUAUAAUCUAAUUCUAUAAAGUUGUAGCAAAGGGAGAGAAGUCGAAAAAUUUUGGGUGGACUAUUCUGGUAAUAUAUUCGUAACUAUUGGGCUACGAGAAAAUUAAGAAAAAUCUAUUCGAUAUUCUAUGAACUUUUCUAUAAAAAAAAACAAUCUCUUGACAGAAAUUUCUGAAGAAUAAACCUAUUAGAACUCUCGAAAAUCGCAGAUGAGGUCAACAAUUUCAUAAAUAUAUUUAAUAAAGAAUAUCGAAAAGAGAAUUUUAUAAAUUAUAGAAAAGAUCUCUUCAUAAAUUCCUCCAAACCUCUCCCACCCAAAAUUGAAUUAUCUUCCCUGACAACUUCACUACUGAAUCCAUUAUCAAUUAUGUUAAUUGUCAUGAUAAAUGCUUUCUCGUCAACAACCACGAGAUUCAAAAUCUGAUGUAAGAUAUUUAUAAAAAAAACAAUUGACAAUACGAUUAAAAAAUGCUCUAUGCAUAAUGCACAUAAUAAAUGAGAAUAAUUAGAAAUAAAAUUAUUCAUUAUACAUUCCA